AUGCCACCAUUAGAGCAACCAUCUCAGUUUGUAUAUAGUGACAAUGGCUGUGACAAUUAUAACCAAUCACAAUCACGAUCACAAUCACAAUCACAAUCACUUCAAGUUGGUUCAGUGCCUCAAUCAGUGACAUCAUUGACAUUUGAUACCUAUGACAUUCCUUUACAACCAUCUACAUUGCCCUCAUCAAUCAAGUACCUUACAUUCGGCGUGUACUAUAAUCUUGCGAUCGAUGUUGGCGUACUACCAUCAUCCCUCACAACCCUAUUCUUUGGUCAUUCAUUCAAUCGUUCACUGGAGCCAGGUGCCCUGCCCGAUUCAAUCACAUCAAUCAAGUUUGGAGACCAGUUUAACACUGAACUGGCGGAAGGAUCGUUGCCCUCAUCAUUGUUGCAUCUUAGGUUUGGCAAGAAAUACAACAUGCCUCUUAACAUUGGCGUAUUGCCUGAUUCAAUCACAUAUCUUCAUCUUGGUCGGUCAUUUGAACAGAAGCUCCAGCCAAGAGUGCUGCCCUCCUCUUUGAUCGGACUAUGUUUGAGCGAUCAUUACACGCACAACAUCGAGCCUGGAAUCCUGCCAUUGUCAAUCACUAAUCUCGAGUUUGGUGAAUUCUACGAUCAUCAACUAGAGAAUGGUGCCCUGCCAUACUCGCUAAUCAAUCUUUCAUUGGGCCGCCUAUUCAAUCAUGAUAUACUCCAUUGCUCACUACCAGUCGGCCUCAAGUCUAUCACAUUUAGCCGAGACUUUAACAAAAUGAUCGUACCAGGUACUUUGCCAACUUCGAUCACCUCCUUGGUAUUUGGGUUAGAAUUCAACACAUGCUUGGCUGUCGGCUCAUUACACGAGGGCCUGCUACAUCUCGAUGUAGGCUCAAGCCCUGGGACUCUCCCAAACAGUCUAACAAGGCUGUGCUUUGGCGUCAUGUUCAACAUUGUCCUUGAGCCCGGCUUGCUUCCUGACUCAAUCAAAACACUCAAUCUUGGAACAUUCUUCUCGGAAACAUUGCAUCCUGAUGCUCUGCCCAAGUCACUCACAAGUCUGUACAUCGAAGACAGACUACCCGUACCAAGUGAUCAAUGUCCAUCUGGUCUUGUACAUUUGAUUGCGACGGGCAUUCCGCCAGCACUACCUCCAUCGAUUACAAUACUGGAUAUUUCAUCACACCCUGCCGACACAUUCAGGUGGAACAAAGUCCAUAAUGGCAGCACAUUGAAGGAGUUACAUUUAAGAAUGGAUGGUGUCCUUGGCAAGGACAUCGAACGAACGGCGCUCGGCUUCUUCAAACAGACCAUCAGGUAUUACUUACCCAACGUGCUCGAAUACUACUUCAACCUGUAUAACCAUUAUUUCCAUACCUCAACGAUGAUACUUCGAAUGGAUGGCCUAUUCCAUGCAUUUCAACUCAUCAAGUACAUUGAGGACAUACACGAGGUUACCCAUUUCAAGUACAUAGAUAUAUGA